AUGAAGAUUUCUCACUUCAUUGGUACCAUGAUGGCCGCUGGCCUCGUCGCGGGUGCUCCUCCUGCUGAGCGUCCAACCGAUGUCUCGGGGCCUCUUCCACUGCCUACUGGAACAGACCUUCCUCCUCCUCCACACAACCAAGGCAACGAUAACGACAAGGAUAAGCGUGAUCAGGGACCUCCUCCUAAGGGAACUGAUGUCCCUCCCCCACCCCAGAAGACCGACGGUCCUCCUCCCAAGGACGGAGACAAGGAUACCAACAAACGGGAUGAGAACCCUCCUCCCAAGGGCACUGAUGUCCCUCCCCCACCCCAAAAGACCGACGGUCCCCCUCCUAAGGAUGGAGACAAUGACAACAACAAGCGGGAUGAAGGCCCUCCUCCCAAGGGGACUGAUGUCCCUCCCCCACCCCAGAAGACCGAUGGUCCUCCUCCCAAGGAUGGAGACAAGGAUACCAACAAACGGGAUGAGAACCCUCCUCCCAAGGGAACUGAUGUCCCUCCCCCACCCCAAAAGACCGACGGUCCCCCUCCUAAGGAUGGAGACAAUGACAACAACAAGCGGGAUGAAGGCCCUCCUCCCAAGGGGACUGAUGUCCCUCCCCCACCCCAGAAGACUGAUGGUCCCCCUCCCAAGGGCCAGGACAAUGACAAUGGAAAGCGUGACCAAGUCCCGCCUCCCAAGGAUCCCAAGGACGCCCCCAAACAGCCCUCCAAGUUCCAGGCCUAA